AUGAUUGAUAAUACAUUCACCGUAUUUCUUUUAUCUUAUAUUUCGAUACUGACGAUAUUCAUCGUCAAUUUUCGAAUUAGUCAACAUUAUAAUAUACCAUAUUUGUUUUAUUUGACGGUACUUAUUAGUUUAAUCAGUGUAAUUUACAUACCAUCAGUCUUAGCAUCGGAAUCAACACAUAAUUUUCAAAUUAAACUUUUCGUUGGUGCAUUGAAUAUUCAAUUUACGAUGAAAUUUCUUGAACUAGUAUUUUGUUUUUCGUGGGAAUAUAUACGAGAAAUGCCAUGGAAAUUUGCAUUCAUAUAUUUGAAUAGUUUCCCACAAAUGCCCGAAUCAAAGGAGAAGUUUUCGUUGGCAAUGAAUCCGAUCAUACGUCGACAAAAUAUCCAACUGAUCCUACGAGGUAUCUGUCAAUUCAUUAUUAUUCAAAUAUUUCUCUAUUUCAUAUCAUCGGAAUGGCUCUCCGCGCCUUCGUCAUCAUUACCUCCAGUCAUUCGUUAUCUUCGACAUGGUUUAUUUAGCGUUUUACUUUACUUAGCAAUUGAUGCGAUGACUGGUGUUGGAUUUGGUACCUACGGUUUUCUAUUUAACAUUCAAAUGAAACCAAUCUUUCCAGCAUUUCCUUUUGCUUCUACCAGCCUUCGCCAGUUUUGGUCUCGUCGAUGGAAUCGAUUGAUUCAAACAUCUCUACAUCUUCUCUCCUUUGUUAUCAUUCCAAAUCUACUUGCUAGAUUUAUCUCGUUGAAUAAUAUAGCAAAGAGUUUUCUCGCGUUUACAAUAUCCGGUUUUAUACAUGAAUAUGUUCUGUGGUUUGCAACUGGUAUCUGGUCAGGACGAUAUAUGAUUUUUUUCUGGAUACAUUUUCUGCUGAUUCUAUUGGAAAUUCAGAUGAAAUUUCCGAUGGAACCCAGUACAUUCCAUGGAAAAGCUCUCGGAUGGUUAUGGACGGCUGGAAUCACGUGGAUUACUACACCACUCUUUUUUGAUCCAAUGAUCAAUUCGACUAACAUUACUAAUGUAAAAUAA